GCGUGAUCACUGCCGCCGUGAAACUAGUGAAAUGAAAGCCAGUGUUCCACAAAACGUCGGCUUGAGACUUUGUGGUUAUAUCGGAGACAGUGGUACCAGUGUGUAGAUGUGGAACAUUGAGAAAGCCAGUCAGAUGGUAUAGGUUUGCCCCCUCCGCACGUCCCAAUACCGGCACACCACCCUAGGCGCUCUCAAAACUUACAGUAGCCUCAGAGGGAGAAUCUGGGCCACACCCGCCGGUGACGCGGGCGGGUGUGGGUGUGAAUUGUGGCUGGACGGGACACAGGGGAUGGUGGGGGCCCUUCAGAAGUGCUGGAGCUCGGUGCCUGGCCCCCAUGAAGAAUAUGUGUUGCUGCUGGGCCCCCCAGAACAAGGAACAGCUCAGUGACAGCGGGGGCCCGACGGAUGGCGGCGGCGGGGGUGGUAACGUUAGCAGUGACGGGAAUGGUGUGGGAAGCAGCAGCAGCAGUGGCGGCCUCACACGCAGUGGCUCUACACGUCGCAGUUUACGUAAGGUGCUGCCCACAGUACCAGACAUGGACCAGCAGCUGUCUAUGGCAGCAAAGAUGAUUGACCGCCGAACUUCCACACCAAAAGGCAACCACUCUUAUAGUCCCUACUUCUUAGAAUAUACCCUUCUUGCUGAAUAUGUGGUUGGAGUAAUCUUUAUUCGUCAGGGGAUUUAUCAAGAGGGAAUCUUUCGUUUUAAUCUUCACAUACCGGAAAAUUACCCAGAUGGAGAUGUUCCAACAGUGAUAUUUGAAACUGCAGUCUUCCAUCCCUUGAUUGAUCCUGAUUCUCGAGAGCUAGACAUAAAACGUGGUUUUGCCAAUAAAUGGCGAAGAAAUGUAAAUCACUUAUGGCAUGUAUUGCUGUAUGUACGACGAUGUUUCUACAAAAUUGAAACAAAUCACCCUCUUAACCCAGAGGCAGCUGUUUUAUAUGAUAGUGACAAUGAAAUGUUCCUUCUGCGGGUGAGGGAAUGUGUUGACAAGAGCAAGGUCUCCAUAUAUGACCCACCAACAACAAAUGAUCCCCAUGCCUUGGUGUUCUCCCCAUACCAACCAGCAAUCCAUGACACUGUUCGAGAGGAACUCAAGAGGGAAAGAGUAGGUUAUAUAAUGCCAAAUAAUUAGUCUUGUUUUUCUCAUGUUUCAACCUAUUGGACAAGGAAAAAAUGACAAAUUUUCAUGUUUAUAAAUUUAUUUUAAUCUUAAAUCAAACAUUUGGUUUCAUACAUGUACUCUCCUUACCACACACUCUGUGAUACUAGAUAAUAUACAGGAUUAUCCAAGUUAAAAUUACAGAAGCAGAAGGUUUUCAUUACUUAUUUUUUUUCUAUUUGAUUCUUUUUUAAUUUUUUUGUCACCUUGAUUUCUGUUAGAGAUUG